AUGUCUAAUAAGCAUUCAGAUGUAGAUCUCAAAAACUCUCAACAUAAUUUAAAUAAUUAAUCUGUUAUUCUUAGAUCAAUAGCUGACUGCGAAGAAGCUGAUAUAGCAGUUCAAUAGCAUGAAAUAGAAAAAUAAUGCAAAACAAACAAAUAUCUUAGUAGACUUGGUCUUAAUAAUAAAUACAGUAAAAGAGACUAUUUAAAAGUGUAAAACUAAAGUUAAGUCAAUAAAGAGUUUUUAAAUAUAAAUUUUGAUAGUGAAAAUCUAAAUCCAAAGUCAAAGAAUAUUAAUUAAAUAUCUUCUAAAGUAUAAUGUUCUAGCUAGAAGGCAGGUUUUAAUGAAAAAAUAUAUCCUUAACUAGGAGAUCAAGUCUUUUAAAAUAAGAAACAAAGAUCUUUUACAACUUAAUUUGAAAAUAAUUAGCAUCUAAACAAAUAAAAGUGUUAAGAAAUUCUACCGCUAAAUAUAAAAUAUAUCUCUAAUUCAAAUUAAGAAGUUAAAAAUAGUUAAUAAUCCUAUUAAAACUACACUACCCGUAACUAAUAAUAUUCAGACUUUGAAAGAUGA